CGUCAUGGUUUGGCAACGGGGGUGCCGUUGGUGGCAAUCAGGUCAUAACCUCAUCGUCUCAGCUGACAAUGUCGCAGACUCUGCUGGUGUCAGACAUGUGACGAUCACGAUUACGAUGACGUGGGGAUUUGGGAAUCCGGGCAAGUGCAGUUAUGCAGCCCGCAAAAGAUGCAACGACUCCGUCUGCCUUCGUUUCAACCCCGUGUCCGACACCUCAUCCCCUCGCCGAAGCUCCAGUUUACGCCGAGUGUCGCCACUUUGCACCUCGCGAGUUCCGCCCAAACGCCCGACCGAAUCAUACACUCAAAAGAAUUUUUGUGUUCUUGUUUAGUGUUCUCAACCCCUGUCGUGCCGGAAGGAUUUCUGUCAUUUUUUUAUCUUCGUGUUUCGCGAUUCAUGGCGGUUAUCUGAAAUCAAUUCACGGUCGUUUUCAAAUUUAAAUUUCCCAAACUGAUUGUGAGAGUUGCCGUUGAGUACUAUUCUGUCUAUUUUUACGAAAGCCAGUGCUGAGUUCAUGAGGACUUCGAUGGGCCAAGUUUCGGUGCUUUCUCAUUUGAGUUAAAGUAUUUCGCCCCGUAGAAUUCACGCCUCUUUACCGGUUGGG